CUUUUCUGACGUAUCUGGCAAACUCCGCACUUUUCAAGAAGGAUUGUAAUCUUCUUUACCUUCUUUUAAUCUCUGUUCUCUGAUAUUCAGAAAAGUAAAACCAUGGCUUCGCAAUCGAGCUUGGACAUUGAUUUAAUGAAGUCAUCGGAGCUAAUUAAGAAAGAGCGCCUCGACUAUGGAGGAUUUGGAGAGGUAUACCUGUGUUACCAUAAAACGUUGGGCCAAGUGGUGCUGAAGACCGUGUACACAGGACCACUGCGCAAAGAGCAGAGGUCAUCGCUGCUGAAGGAGGGAAGCAUGAUGAUCCGACUGAACCACCAGCGCGUGGUGAAGCUGCUGGGAGUCAUUCUGGAGGACGGGGACUACUCACUGGUCAUGGAGCUCAUCCCUAAAGGCAACCUGCUGGCCAUGCUGCAGAGCGUUAAAGUUCCAAUGUCCAUCAAAGGAAGGGUCAUUUUGGAGAUCCUGGAGGGGAUGGUUUAUAUAACGGACAGACAAGUCAUUCACAAGGACCUGAAACCAGAAAAUAUCUUAGUAGAUGAACAUUUCCAUAUAAAGAUUGCAGAUCUGGGCCUUGCCACCUGUGAGAUGUGGAGCCGGUUGACGAAGGAGGAGUCUCGCAGACAGAGCCACCUGGGUCGCAGGACGUCCGUGCGGGCGGCAGGGACUCUGUGCUACAUGGCCCCAGAGCACCUGGACAGCAUCAACACGCGCUCCUCUGAAAAGUCGGACGUCUUCAGCUUCGCCAUCGUCGUCUGGGUGAUCCUGACAGAGCAUGAGCCUUACGAGAAUGCCAGAAGUGAAGAUCAGAUCUGCCAGUGUGUCCGUAAAGGAGACCGCCCUGAUAUGACUCUUGUCCCGCACGAUGCUCCUGUAGAGGUCGUCACGCUUAUGACCGAAUCCUGGGACAAAGACCCAGAAAAACGACCCACGUUUAAAGACAGUUAUAACUCAUUCAGACCUGUCUACAAAGAGAAGCUUGAAGGGGAUGUUGAGCGGGAUUUGCAUAAUCUUAUGGAUUUGUAUGAAGGGCCUUCUGAGAUGGUGGAGAAGAUGAAAUCCCUCACCACAGAGAAGUCUGGUGCUGGCACAGUGCUGGAGCCUCCAUCCCAUCCUCCCUGCUCUGGUGACUCCCCAACACCCCUGCGCAGUUCCGACCUGGGGCCUGUAGAGACCAGCAUUGAGGACCUCAGUUUCCAAUCCUCAGAGGUACUUCAGGUGGACGCCACCCCCGCCAGUCCUGCCAGCUCGGCCAGCGUGGAGCAGAAACUGGCGCAGGAGCUCAACUACCACAAGUGCGGCAGCUACAGCCGGGUGGAGCAGCCGGACCUCAGCGCGUACAGCCACUCCAUCCUGGCCAGUAACAGGGGUCUGGGGCAGCCUUUCCCACCAUCUUCCGUCCAGUCCUGGACCAAAUCGAGCCCUCAGCAGGAGGAGCUCCAGCUCCGCUCCCCUGGUGUGGCUCCAUUUGAGGGUCUGCACAGACCGGAACUCAACAGUCAGAUGUCAGGACUGUACCCACAGUUGGAACAGCACCAGCCGCAGAGUUCGCAGUAUGAGUGGCUCCAGUCCUGGCCCGGGGGGACACCAUGCCCCUUGGCAGCAUCGGCGUAUGCAGAAUCCAGCCCUGGGUUACAUGUCGGCACACCUCUCAUUUGCCCCCAGUCUGAAGCAGGGCGCUCACUCUACAUCUCUAAAGCCAGCAAGAUUCAAAUCGGGAACAACAACACUAUGAACUUCCAGAGCAGUGAGAGCUGCUCAAUCAGCACCCAUUCCAGCAUUCCAGCCAACAGCGCAAAGUACAAGGACCUGCUGCUGAAGUAUGAGGACCAUUCUGUUUCUGACGAGCACCUGGAAAUCGUCCGGGAGAACAUAGGCGGGAAGUGGAAGGCGUUCGCCCGAAAGCUCGGCCUGACCGAGGUGGAGAUAGAAACGGUCGAGCACGACUACGCCCAGGACGGCCUGGCUGAGAAGGUGUACCAGACGCUGGAGCGCUGGAAGAUGAAGGAGGGCCUGCACGGCUGCACAGUGGGAUCCUUGUGCCAUGCACUGGAGAACUAUGUCAAACACAACGUGCUCCUCAGCUUACUGCUCAAGUGUCAAGAUGGCACAGUUUUUUAAAACACAUUUUAAAACUGCCUUAUGUUGAAGGUAUUCUGGAUGUUGGGGAAGAGGUGGGGUUUUUUUUGGGGGGGGGGGGUUCAGGUUUUAAAGGGUAGUUGUGUUUGGAGAUUUAACUUUACUUUUGUAUUUUCUUUUGGAUCUAUUCCCAAACAAUUUCUGGGCUCAUUCCAGCUCACAUGUGACUAGAGAGUGACUCUGCUAUUUUUCAUCUUCAUAGUUAGGUUCCUUAUCAUGAAUCUCUCAACAACUGCCUUCUUCUUCAUAUGUGGCAACCCUGCAAUGAUAUAUUUGUUUCAGCAAAGAACUGAAUGUAAUGGAAUAGUUCCCUUCGAUGGCUAUGGGUCUGUCAGUUUCCUCUCUGAUUCUGUCAGCUUACGUCUGAGGUGUGGCUGGAACCUCUUUAAUUUCCAUCUGUCAGAGAAUAUUCCUAUCCAAAUUCUUAAUUUUCAUCAAAUAAACUCUAUGAGGGUAAAGCACUAAUUAGAACAGUGCAAAGUGUUCAAAUUAAUUUUUCAAAGGCAAAACUUUGUUCAUAUUUGCAGAAAAAAAAGCAUUAAAAAAUCGUUUUAAAUUUUGUAAAAAAAAAUUUUUAUUUGAAACCCAUCAUGCAUAUAUUAUUUUAUAUAGCAUAUAAGUAUUAUACAGCUAAUACUGACCCCAUAAGGUGAGUCCAGAGACCUUUACAACGGAAAGUAUUUACUUCUGUUUCCUAGGUCCUAGAUGGUUUGUUCUUUAAAUGCUGAUAAACAGAUUUAUGACCUUGAAACUGUAUAACAUUACAAAAUUCUAUUCUUAUAAAUUCUAGUUAAAUAAUCACCGGCAAGUUCACCAGCAAACUCUUGCAAGUUGGCAGUGUUUUAGCGGUACUACAAAAAUGUGCUCCAAGUUUUGAGUGCCUGAGAGUUUGCUCUCCGAUAAAACUCAAUAAUUAUGAACUUUGAACAAUAAUAAUAUUCGCCAUCCACUUUAUUAGGUACACUUUACAAGUACCAGGUUCGACCCCCUUUGCCUUCAGAACUACCUUAAUUCUUCUUCAUGGCAUAGAAUCAACAAGUUGCUGGAAACAUUCUUCUGAGAUUUUGGUCCAUAUGGACCUGAUUGCAUCGUGCAAAUGCUGCAUAUUUGCUGUAUGAUGUGAAUCUCCCAUUCUACUACAUCACAGAUUGGGUGACUGGGGAAGCCAGUUGAGUGCUGUGAGCUCAUUGCCAUGGUAAGAAACCAUUAUGAGAUGAUAUGCGUUGUGUGACAUGACGCAUUAUCCUGCUGGUAGUAGCCAUCAGAAGAUGGGUGCACUGGUCAUAAAGGGAUGGACAUGGUCAGCAACAAUCCUCCGGUACUCUGUGGUGUUUAAACCAUGUUCAGUUGCUAUUAAGGGGCCCAGAAUGUGCCAAGAAAAUCUCCCCCACAGCAUCACACCACCAGCAGCACCCUGAACUGUUGAUACAAGCCAGGAUGGAUCCAUGCUUUCAUGUUUUUUGUGCCAAAUUCUGACCCUACCAUCCAAAUGUCACAGAAGAAAUUGAGCCUCAUCAGACAAGGCAAGCUUCUUCAAGGUUCGAUGUGAUAUGCCUUUAGAGAUGCUCUUCUACAUACCUCGCUUGUAAUGAGUGGUUAUUUGAGUUACUGUUGCCUUUCUAUCAACUCGAACCAGUCUGGCCAUUCUCAUCUGACCUCUGGCAUCAACAAGGCAUUUUAGCCCAGAGGACUGCCACUCACGUGAGAUUUUCACUGUAAACCCUACAGACGGUUGUGUGCGAAAAUCCCAGUAGAUCAGCAGUUUCUGAAAUACUCAGACCAACCCAUCUAUCUAUCCAUUCUUCUCCGUUCUGGUGCUCGGUUUGAACUUCAGCAGGUCAUCCUGACCAUGUCUACAUGCCUAAAUGCACGGAGUAGCUGUCAUGUGAUUGGAUGAUUAGAUAUUUGCAUUAACAUGGAGUUGAACAGGUGUACCUAAUAAAGUGCCCAGUGACUGUACAAAAAAGAGACUAGAAUAUGGUCAUGUAAGAAUUAGAUGUGUUUUUAAUGGCUGUGUUUUUUUAUUUCCUUUUUAUUUCCAUCAGACUGAUGGAUCUUUACAUAAUCCCAAAUCUCCAUUGAGGAUCCAGAACAUCAUUAUGUGGUUAGAUGCCCAUUUUUAAUCUGAAAUGUAUUAAAAAUGCAAAAAUCA